CUCCCGCUCACGCAAUAAUGUCGGAGCUCAGCAAAAUUUCCCUUUCCUGACUGCACCACACUUUUCUCACCGCCCUCACAUUUCCUUUCUUCUCUUCCCAUCUCGCUAUCCCUUAAUUUUCCUUCCCCGACUUCUUCGUUGAUCUCUCUCUUCUCUCAGAAUAUCAACAGAAGUCCCAUCGUUAUUAGGAUCCCCCAGACUUUUUUCAAACCAUUCGCCAAAAUGGUGCAAUCUUCUGUCUUGGGCUUCCCCCGCAUGGGUGCCAACCGCGAGCUGAAGAAGGCAACCGAAGCAUACUGGGCAGGAAAGACCACAAAGGAAGAGCUUUUGAACGAAGGAAAAAGACUUCGACUUGAGCAUUGGAAAAUCCAGAAAGAUGCCGGCAUCGACAUCAUCCCCAGCAAUGACUUUGCCUUCUACGAUCAAGUCUUGAGCCAAAUCCAGCUCUUUGGUGUCGUGCCUGAACGUUACACAAAAUAUAACCUCGACCCCAUUGAUGAGUACUUUGCAAUGGGUCGAGGUCUGCAGAGACCUGCCGACGGAGACAAGCCUGCAGUCGAUGUUCCUGCCUUGGAAAUGGUCAAAUGGUUUGACUCCAACUACCAUUAUGUCAAGCCUACCCUCCAAGAUAACCAGUCUUUCAAGCUUGAUUCCAACCCCAAGCCAGUGGUGGAGUUCCUCGAGGCCAAGGAAGCCGGCAUUAUCACUCGCCCCGUCCUUCUCGGACCCGUGUCCUUCCUGCACCUGGGCAAGCCUGAUCGUGGACAAUCCAUCGACCCCAUCGACGCUCUUGACAAGCUCCUGCCAUUGUACUCCGACCUCCUCAAACAACUCAAGGACGCAGGUGCCGAAACAGUUCAAAUCGACGAGCCCAUUCUUGUGUACGAUCUACCUGAAAAAGUCAAGGCAGCUUUCAAGCCCGCCUAUGAGAAACUGGGCAGCCUUGGCUCUUCCGCACCCAAGAUUGUCCUUGCGACCUAUUUUGGAGACAUUGUCCACAACAUUGAUGUCCUGGAGAACCUGAAGAGCCUCUACGCCAUCCACAUUGAUCUCGUCCGCAACCCCGAGCAACUCGACACCGUCCUCGCCGCGCUCGGCCCCAAUCAGAUUCUUUCAGCCGGUGUCGUCGAUGGCCGCAACAUCUGGAAGACCAACUUCCAAAAGGCCAUUGAGAAGGUCGAGGCCGCCGUGCAGAAACUCGGCAAGGACAGAGUCAUUGUUGCUAGCUCCAGCUCCCUGCUUCACACACCCCAUACUCUCAAGAGCGAGAAGAACCUCGACCCUGAAAUCGCAGACUGGUUCAGCUUUGCCUCGGAGAAGACUGUUGAAAUUGCCACCAUUGCCAAAGCUGUUACUGAAGGCCCUGCUUCAGUUCGAGAGGCGCUCGAGGCUAAUGCCAAGUCGCAGCAAGCUCGCGCCUCGUCCAAGCGCACCAAUGACCAGGCUGUCAAGGAGCGCCAACAAAACGUCACCCCUGAACAACACAAUCGCAAGUCUGAGUUCCCUGUCCGUAUUGCUGCGCAACAGAAGCGCCUCAAUCUACCCCUGUUUCCUACCACGACCAUUGGCUCCUUCCCUCAGACCAAGGAGAUCCGUAUUCAGCGCAACAAGUUCACCAAGGGCGAAAUCAGUGCAGCCGAAUACGAAAAGUUCAUUGAAAAGGAGAUCCAGGAUGUUGUCAAGAUCCAGGAGGAAUUGGGUCUUGAUGUCUUUGUGCAUGGUGAGCCCGAGCGAAAUGACAUGGUGCAAUAUUUUGGAGAACGCCUGAAUGGGUACGCAUUCACGACCAAUGGAUGGGUGCAGUCAUAUGGCUCUCGAUGCGUGCGACCUCCAAUUGUGGUGGGAGACAUCUCUCGCCCUGCUCCAAUGACGGUCAAGGAAUCCAAGUACGCGGCCUCCAUCUCCAAGAAGCCAAUGAAGGGCAUGCUCACCGGGCCCAUCACCUGUUUGAGAUGGUCAUUCCCUCGCGACGACGUGCAUCAAUCGGUCCAGGCUCAACAGCUGGCUCUCGCCCUCCGCGACGAGGUCGUCGACCUUGAGCAGGGCGGCGUGUAUGUGAUUCAGGUUGACGAACCCGCGCUCCGUGAAGGUCUCCCCCUUCGCAAGGGCAAGGAACGAACCGACUACCUCAAGUGGGCGGUUGAUGCUUUCCGUCUGGCAACUGCGGGUGUCGAAGAUGGUACCCAGAUUCACAGCCACUUCUGUUACUCGGAGUUUCAAGACUUUUUCUAUGCCAUUGCAGCUCUCGACGCCGAUGUGCUGUCGAUCGAAAACAGCAAGUCGGACGCCAAGUUGCUCAAGGUGUUUGUGGAUGAGGCAUAUCCACGCCACAUCGGGCCCGGAGUCUACGACAUCCACUCACCGCGGGUUCCUUCGCAGCAAGAAAUCCACGACCGAAUCCAGGAGAUGUUGCAGUACUUGAAGCCUGAACAGUUGUGGAUCGACCCCGACUGCGGGCUCAAGACACGACAAUGGAAGGAAACCAAGGCAGCGCUCACCAACAUGGUCAACGCAGCCAAGGCGUUCCGUGCUCAGUACACAAAGUAGUGGUGACACGGUGAAGGGGCAUAUCGGUGGAAGGACCGGAUGCCCGCAACAUGGCUUUGAAUCAAUCAACCUGAUCAAAGCUAGAGACAUGGCGUCCAGGCAACAGGACGAAUGAAUGACGAGAAGUUCAAAAAGUGUUUUUUCAACAUGAUACCACGAUCGUACGAGGGCGGGCAAAAGUCGAUCUUAACAUCGGCGUUUUAAGCUUGCCCUAGACAACAGGCUCGGGCGGAAAGGACAUGGGUUGAUGAGAUGAAUUUAGAGUACUGGGUUGUGCUUCGAGGCUCCUGGCUGGUGACGAUUCAACAAGUUGCAUGUCCCAUUUAGGUCGUUAGGGACCCUGACUUGGUUUUUCAGAGCGAUAAGGCGAUCGGAAGACCGAUUGCUUUGCACAAUGUGAAUGAUCUUAAGUCUACUAUA